AGGAGGGGACCGUCACAAUAGCAGUGGGACGUAGCCGUGCCGCCGGGAUGUGCGCGUGCGCACCUUUGACAAGUCGGCGCGAGCCCAUGCCAUUGUGUUCUAUUUCUUGUCCUCCGCACCUUAGCUAUUUAGGCUGAAAACGCCGGUAGUAGGAGCUUGGGAGCCGUGGUUCGCCUUCUCUCCUCCCCUGCCCGCUCCCCCGUCCCCGGCUUAAGAUAUGAACGAGCUGCGCGUGGAGACGGGGCAGGUGACGGGCGGCGGCGGCGGCGGCGCGGCGUGGUUCCUGGUGCUGAGCUCCGUGUUCCUGUGCAACCUGCUCAAAAUCCUCCUGCCCUCCUGCUCCUCCAUUAUAUCCAGGUUGCUACAAAAGGAUGCUGAGCAUGAAUCACAGAUGAGAUCUGAAAUUCAGAACAUGAAGCAGGAACUUUCUACCAUUAGUAUGAUGGAUGAAUUUGCCAGAUAUGCCCGACUGGAAAGGAAGAUUAACAAAAUGACUGACAAGCUUAAGACUCACGUGAAAACACGAACGGCUCAGCUAGCUAAAAUAAAGUGGGUAAUAAAUAUUGUGUUCUACAUUUUGCAAGCUGCCUUGAUGAUCUCACUGAUUUGGAAGUAUUACUCUGAACCAGUUACUGUGCUCCCAAGCAAAUGGCUGGCCCCUUUAGAACGCUUGGUUGCUUUCCCAACUGGAGUCGCAGGCGGUGUUGGCAUUACAUGUUGGUUGGUGGUUUGCAACAAAGUUGUGGCCAUUAUGCUUCACCCUUUCAGCUGAGAACGAAUCCCAGUUUUAGCCAUUUUGAACUCUCCUGCCUAUCAUCACAAUGUUUUAAAACGUCUGGCUUUUUAUGAAAGGCAACAUCUGGAAUGCAAUAGCUUAUGAAAGGGGGGAAGUGUUUAGGGUCAAGUAAUAAAGCAUAAAUUAAUGAUCUUUUUGUAACAUUUUAUUUAUAUUUAUGUUUGUAUUGUACUGUCUUCCUAUGUGUAACCUUCAGGUUCCUAUUCAGUUUGUAGAAAUGUCAGUUAUAGAUAUUGGUGAUUACAA